AUGACGACGCGCAGUAUCUUACUCCCACCUUCCAGACUGCUAUUUAUUUUAAAGCAUGCCCCCUUCCAGUCUGGAUCUUGUGUCAUUCACAGCAAGGCUCAGUAUUCCACCACCUCUAAUCCAAAUGAAAAGAUGUUUGACAAGGUUCUAAUAGCAAACAGAGGGGAAAUUGCUUGCAGGGUGAUAAGGACGUGCAAGAAGCUGGGUAUUCGGACUGUUGCUGUUCAUAGCGACGUUGACUCGAAUGCUGUACAUGUCAAGAUGGCUGAUGAAGCAGUGUGUGUUGGCCUUGCCCCAACUAGUCAGAGCUACCUCAACAUGGAUGCCAUUCUGGAUGCUGUCAGAGACACGAAAUCCCAAGCUGUUCACCCGGGAUAUGGCUUCCUCUCUGAAAACAAAGAAUUUGCAAAGAGAUUAGCAAAAGAAGGCGUGGCCUUUAUUGGCCCAGACACUCAUGCUAUCCAAGCCAUGGGAGACAAAAUUGAGAGCAAACUGAUUGCUAAGGCUGCAAAGGUCAACACAAUCCCAGGAUUUGAUGGAGUAGUCAAGACGCCAGAGGAAGCUGUAGAAAUUGCGCAAAACAUCGGCUACCCAGUCAUGAUAAAAGCAUCAGCAGGCGGAGGAGGGAAAGGAAUGAGAAUUGCGUGGAAUAAUGAUGAAACAAGGGAAGGCUUCCGGUUCUCAUCACAGGAAGCAGCAUCAAGCUUUGGCGAUGACAGACUUCUUAUUGAGAAGUACAUAGAUAACCCGAGACACAUAGAAAUUCAGGUGCUGGCUGAUAAACAUGGUAAUGCUCUGUGGUUGAAUGAAAGAGAGUGCUCUAUCCAAAGAAGGAACCAGAAGGUGGUGGAAGAAGCUCCCAGUACUUUCCUGGACUCUGCGACGAGACGAGCAAUGGGCGAGCAAGCAGUGCAACUUGCCAAGGCUGUGCAGUACUCUUCUGCUGGUACCGUGGAGUUCCUGGUUGAUUCCUCAAAGAACUUCUACUUCCUGGAGAUGAACACACGGCUACAAGUUGAACAUCCUAUAACGGAGUGCAUUACUGGUCUUGAUCUGGUUGAGCAGAUGAUCCGAGUUGCCAAGGGUUACCCGCUGCAGCACAAACAGGAAGAUAUACCAAUAAACGGAUGGGCCUUUGAGAGCCGCGUCUAUGCUGAGGACCCUUACAAGUCAUUUGGUCUUCCCUCCAUCGGAAGGUUGACCCAAUACCAAGAGCCAACCGGUCUCAACAAUGUGCGGGUUGACAGUGGCAUCCAGGAGGGAAGUGAUAUCAGCAUUUAUUAUGAUCCCAUGAUUUCUAAGUUAGUAACCUUUGGUGCUACAAGAGCAGAAGCCCUUGCGAAGAUGGAGGAUGCUUUGGAUAACUACGUCAUCAGAGGUGUAACGCACAACAUUCCACUCUUGAGAGAAAUAAUCACCCAUCCUCGCUUUAUUUCUGGGGACAUUAGUACCAACUUCCUUCCAGAGAUUUACCCGGAUGGCUUUAAGGGUCACCAGCUUCAAGCGGAAGAACAGCUGGAACUGGUAGCCUCUGCAGCAGCACUACACGUAACAGCCCAGCUCUGUUCACAGAAUGUCCGAGGCAACUUGAGGGUGUCCUCAAUACCUGUGCAGCAUACUUGCUGGGAGCUAUGUGCACAGGUGGGAGAGCGAUGGCAUGAAGUAAAAGUUAAUCAAUCCGGAGACAUGUAUACAGUGCAUGUAGAUGGCGAACGGGUAGAUGUCCACGGACAGUGGAACCUGGCUUCUCCUUUGCUACCACUCACUAUUAAUAAUAAGCACAGAAUGUUACAGUGUCUAUCCCGUGAUGCUUCAGGACACAUAGUUCUACAGUACCUGGGCACAUCGUUUAAGGUUCGUAUUUUGUCCAAGUUGGCUGCAGAAUUGAACUCUUACAUGCCAGAGAAAAUUCCUGAGGACACCAGCAGUAUCUUGCGUUCACCUAUGCCUGGAACAGUAGUGGCCGUUACUGUAAAGCCUGGUGAUGAGGUUGCAGAAGGCCAAGAGAUCUGUGUGAUUGAAGCCAUGAAAAUGCAGAACAGUAUGACUGCUGUCAAACAAGCGAAGGUAAAGAGUGUCCAUUGCAAACCAGGUGAAACGGUUGGUGAAGGAGAUCUGCUCGUGGAGCUUGAAUAA